AUGGACGUGGGCGAUUUGUCGAGCUCGGCAGGAUUGGCUGGGAGCGGAUCCAUCCCUGGAGCAACGGGUGUUGGUAUCAUUACAAGUACGACAUCCGCCACCGCAGGGUGGUGGACGCCUACGUCGACGAUCGCCUCGGCAGCGGCCAACACCGACGUGAUGAAUCAGCUCUGCAGGGUCUGCGGAGAGCCGGCCGCGGGUUUUCACUUCGGGGCCUUCACGUGCGAAGGUUGCAAGUCGUUCUUCGGGCGCACGUACAACAACCUGGGCAGCAUCUCGGAGUGCAAGAACGGCGGCGUGUGCGUGAUCAACAAGAAGAAUCGCACCGCGUGCAAGGCGUGCCGUUUGCGGAAGUGCCUGAUCGUGGGUAUGUCGAAGUCGGGCUCUCGUUACGGACGUCGCUCGAACUGGUUCAAAAUCCACUGCCUGCUCCAGGAACAGUCGCAACAGGCGCAGACGCGACUCAUCAAGGACCCGAAGUCCGCGUACGAGAAGGCGUUCGGCUCCCUGGACGUGGCGAACAACAACAAUAACAAUAACGAGAACGCAGGCACCACGAGCGCCUCGGUGGUUGGGAUGGUCACGACGACCACCACCACCGCGAACAGUUACCACCACCAUCACCACCAUCAGCAAGAUAGGUAUCCUAAACGGGAGGACUCGGUGGUGUUGAGGACGCAGGACCUUCCCCCGCAGCUCAGGGCGACGGACAUGCCCGCCAGAGCCGGCCAAGAUCCUCUUCUGAGGCCCGUGGACCUGGUCAGGGCGCCCCACGAGCUUCUCAGGCCGGAAGUGUCCAGGUUCCCCAUGUGGCGGGGUCCGCCGUUCUUCCAUCCGGCUCUGACGCACAUGCAGCUGCUGAACGCGCCGUUUUUCCCGUUCCAGCAGCGGUUCAUCGUCCCUUACGUUAAUCAGGUAGGCGCGUCGCAGAUGGUAGCCAGCCUGACCAGUUCCUCCAGCGACAGCGUCAGUCCCAGAUCGACGCCGUCGCCGAAGAGGGACGACGAGAACAGAAAUUCCCGCGAUGGAUGCGCGGAUGGGAACGUCGGCUGCCAGAGGACGCAAAUGGAGGCCACAUACGACAAGAGCCUGGCGUUCCUGCGGUCGUUGGGACCCGAGCAGGACGAGCCGAUCGACCUGAGCAUGAAGAGCGGGCGAACGGACGGACGGGAGGCAGACGCCGCCACCACGGAAGAGGAAAGGUCGACGGACAGCGAGGACAACGAGCUUCUGCAGGACACUGGGCCGCCUCUCGAUCUCACUAGAAAGACAUGACCCCCGCGGCUGCGUUGACGGCUCUCGAUAAGAACGAGCCUCGCUCUGGCCAGAGUGGCUCGACUCUAAAACCGCUGUUCGUGAACAGUCUUUAACGGGGACUCUAGGAAUUCCGAUCGUUUCGAGAAUUAGGGACAUUUCGAUACGAGAGGACGAACGGGAGAUUUUUUAGCAACGGACGGUGAAAGGUUCGAGAGGGAAGAUAAGGGAGAAGAAUGGAUCAGACGGAAGAGCGGACGUCACGGUGCCCCGCGAGCAGCCUCGCACAAAUGACUUUACGAUCGGCGAUCGCAUCGACGUAAAAUUGCUCAAGUCCUCGGUAUUAGUCGAUACAGAGGUCCCUUUGGUCGGCACGGGUUCGCCAGGUGCUCGUCGACGGAGUGACCGAAGAUCAGCUCGA